CCUGCACCGCGUCCUGGCCGGGGCCGGGGCUGCGGCUGGGGCCGGGGCCGGGGCCCGCCGAGGCCGCCGAAUCCCCCCGCAUGUACUGGUCAACUGGGCAGUGCAGAUUGCCCAAGGCAUGCGCUACCUCCACGAGCAGGCGGCUGUGCCUGUCCUGCACCGCGACCUCAAGUCCAGCAACAUUUUGUUACUGGAGAAGAUAGAGGAUGAUGACAUUUUUAAUAAAACUUUGAAGAUUACAGACUUCGGUCUGGCUAGGGAAUGGCACAAAACCACUAAAAUGAGUGCAGCAGGCACGUAUGCAUGGAUGGCUCCAGAAGUUAUCAAGUGCUCAAUGUUUUCUAAAGGAAGUGAUAUUUGGAGUUAUGGAGUGUUGCUGUGGGAACUGCUUACAGGAGAAGUUCCGUACCGUGGCAUUGAUGGUCUCGCUGUGGCUUAUGGAGUAGCUGUCAAUAAACUUACCUUGCCCAUUCCAUCCACCUGUCCUGAACCAUUUGCUAAACUAAUGAAAGAAUGUUGGGAGCAAGAUCCUCAUAUCCGACCAUCAUUUGCCUUAAUUCUUGAACAGCUUACUGCCAUUGAAGAGGCAGUUAUGACCGAAAUGCCUCAAGAAUCCUUCCACUCCAUGCAAGAUGACUGGAAAUUAGAAAUACAACAGAUAUUCAAUGAACUGAGGACUAAAGAAAAAGAGCUGCGGUCACGUGAAGAAGAACUGACAAGAGCAGCCCUUCAGCAGAAAUCUCAGGAAGAAUUAUUAAAACGUCGUGAGCAGCAGUUAGUGGAACGGGAGAUUGAUGUCCUGGAGCGUGAGCUGAACAUUUUGAUAUUCCAGUUAAAUCAAGAGAAGCCUAAUGUAAAGAAGAGGAAGGGGAAGUUUAAAAGGAGUCGGUUAAAACUUAAAGAUGGACAUAGAAUUAGUUUGCCUUCAGAUUUCCAGCACAAAAUAACAGUGCAAGCAUCCCCUAAUCUGGAUAAGCGAAGAAGUUUAAACAGUAACAACUCUAGUCCACCAAGCAGCCCUACAAUAAUGCCUCGUCUUCGAGCUAUACAACUGCUUUCCAAAACAGACACAAAUGCAACUAAUGGCCGAAGAAACAGUGUGUAUGUGUACCAGCAAGAUGUAGAUAUCACAAGUGAAUAUGAACUUCCCAGUGGGGUUAUGCAAAAAGUAACCUCAGAUGACAGCAAUAGAACUUGGGGAAGAAGUGCAGCUUUUCACCAAGAGGAAUUUGAAGACGUGAAGAUAAAUUUUAAAAAGAAAGGUUGUACAUGGGGGCCAAGCUCAGUUCAAACAAAAGAGUGUGCAGAUUGUAAGGAGAGAAUAAGACCCCUUUCCGACGGCAGCAAUCCUUGGUCAACAAUUUUAAUGAAAAAUCAGAAAGGGGUUCCAUUAGCUUCACUGUUUGCAGAUGAAGGUGUUUGUACAGAUCAGAGACUUUUCCCUGAAGAUUUGGACUGUAAAAGACCAAAGCCAAUUAAGUUGCCGAAUCAGGCGUAUAUUAAUCUACCUCUUUGGAAGGAUGAUCAGGGAGAGAAUGCUGUAGAUCAUGAAAGCUUUGAAGAAGGAACCUCUACUAGUUCUGCAAAUAGUACUCCACAAAUGACUCCUACAAACAGUCUUAAUAGAACAUCACAGAAAAAAAAAACUGACUCUGUGUUGUAUGGAUGUGCGGUUCUCCUUGCAUCUGUAGCUUUGGGCUUGGACAUUAGAGAGCUGAACAAAUCGCAGGUUCCAGAUGAACUCAUGCUCAAAGAGGAGAAGAAGAAACGGGAUGGAAUAUUUCAGCGUGCUUCAAAGUUUCGCAGGAGUGCAAGUCCUAUACGAUUGCAGUCCAAAAAGGAGGAAACCAAUAUUCCAUCCCUAAAUCCUUCUGCAAAUACUGUGAACCUUCUCUCUGUCUCUUCCAUUUCCACAAAAUGCUUGCUUCAGUCUGACGGUGAAGAUGCUUUUGUAAGCGUUAUGCCCAGUGAUUGUAAUCCAAGCAUUCCCACUGCUGACUUUUCAUCUGAAAUUCCUGCAAGUAAGAGGGAACAAAGGGUAAAGCUGGUUCUUGACACUGAUACUGCAAUGUUAAAGAAUACAUCUCCUAUUCAUCCUUUUAAGCAAUCUGAAAAUGUGCCAAAUGUUUCUUCCUCAAAACUGAGGGUGUUGGGUCACCGACGAACUUUGUCAGAAGGAAAUGCUUUCCAGACUACAACUAAUGGAAUACCUUCAGCUAAUGGAGUCUCCAAGUUGUCUACUCUCCCAGUUUUUGGAAUCCUUCCUUCUCCAUCUCCACAAAGAAGCAUACCAAGUGAUGUGUCACCACAAAAACAAACAAACAUCAAUAUUAUAUCUAGGCCUCGACCUUCUUCUCUGAGAAGCAAAAUAGAUCCUUGGCAGUUACUUCCACAGAUUAUAAAACCAAACUCUGCAGAGGCAGAUUAUUUAGAGGGUGAUUUAGGCCCACAUGUUAACUUUUUACCAGAUUCUGAGAAGAGAACUAAAGGCCAUAUGCCCUCCUUACUUGAUGCUGAUGUGGAAGGUCAGAACAGAGACUGCACAGUGCCUUUAUGCAGGAUGAAGAGCAAGACUGGUCGGCCAUCUAUAUAUGAACUGGAGAGAGAAUUUCUAUCUUGAGUGCUUUGCUGUUUAAAGUAUUGUGGGUUUUUUUGUUUUUCUU